AUGAAUAUAUUUUUUUGUUUUCUUUUAAUUUUAAUACUUUUAAUAAAAAUUGAUUGGGUUAAUUGUAAAUUACCUAAAAAAGUACCAGCAUCACUUAGAUUUCUUAAUGGUAGACCAUAUGAAGGAUUCAGAGGACAUCGUUUAAAGAUACCAGAAAAAAUUAAAAAAGUUUUAGAUAGUCAAUAUAAUGAAAAUGAUAUGGAAUUAUAUUAUAAACAAAAAUUAGACCAUUUUUCAGAUGAUUCAAGACAAUGGAAUCAAAGAUAUUUCUACAAUGGAAAUUUUUAUAAAAAUAAUGGUCCACAAUUUCUUAAUUUAGGUGGUGAAGGACCUAUAUCAUUAUUUGAUGUUUUUUAUGAAGAUACACCGUUUGUUUCAUGGGGAUCACAACUUGGAGCAAUGUUAUUUUCAUUAGAACAUAGAUUUUAUGGUAAAUCUAGACCAUUUAGUUCACAAACUGUACCAGCAUUGACAUAUCUUACCUCAAAACAAGCUCUUGCUGAUGCUGCAGAUUUUAUUCGUGCAAUGAAUAAUAAAUUUAAUAUAAAAAAUCCAAAAUGGGUUAUUUUUGGUGGUUCAUAUUCAGGUGCUUUAGCUUUAUGGUUCCGUCAACAAUAUCCUGAUUUAUGUGUUGGUUCUGUUGGUAGUUCUGCACCAGUUCAACCUGUUGUUGAUUUUUAUAAAUAUCUUGAUGUUUGCCAAAAUUCACUUUAUAAUAAUGGUAGUUAUACAUGUGGUGAAGAAAUUAAAAAAGGUAUAAAAAAAUUAGUUGAAUAUUCAUAUGAUGAUAAUAAAAGACCAUAUUUAUCACUUCUUUUUCAAUUACAACCACCACUUGAAACAACAUCAUUAGAUUAUAAAACUUUACAAACUUUAUAUUCUACUAUUGUUGGUAAUUUUAUGAAUGCUGUUCAAUAUAGUCGUGUUAAUGCUGGUCCAUUUAUAAGUGGAUCAUCAAUUCCUGAUUUAUGUAAUAUAAUGGAAGAUAUGUCUAAAGAUCCAUUAGAUAAAUUAGCAAUUGUUAAUAAAUAUGUUUUUGAAAAUAUGAAUCAACAACCCUAUACAGGAUUAGAUUAUAGUUAUACUGAAGAAGUUAAUUUCUUAAAAGAUGUUAAUUUUUAUGAUAAUGAUCUUUCUGCUUCAGCUUCAAGAUCAUGGAUUUGGCAAACAUGUAACGAAUUUGGAUAUUAUCAAGCUGGUUCUGCUGGUAAUCAUUCAAUAUGGGGUACAUCAAUACCAAAUAAUAUAAAUAUUGAUCUUUGUACAGAUGUUUUUGGAUCAGAAUAUAAUAUUAAUUAUAUUAAAAAUGCUGUAUCAAAUACUUUUUCAUUUUAUGGUGGAGCUACAGGAUACAAUGUAACAAAUGUUGUUAUGCCAAAUGGUGAUGUUGAUCCAUGGCAUUCAUUAGGUGUAUAUAAUCAAACUAAUCAAAUGACACCAUAUCUUAUUCAUAAUACUGCUCAUUGUGCUGAUAUGGAACCACCAUCACCAAAUGAUGCACCAGGUUUAACAUAUGUAAGAAAAUUAAUUUUCCAAAAUAUUAAAAAUUGGAUUGGUGUAGCAUCAACUUCAAUAAAUUCAAAUAAUAAUAUAGAACAAAAUAAUAACAUUAUAAAUAAUGAAAAAAUAUCAUCUGAUAAUUUAGAAAUAAGUAAAGUUAUUGAAUUACCUAUUCAAUUUAAAAAUGAAUUUAUGAAAAGUUAUAAUAAAGAAGAUAUAAUGAAAAAAAAUAUUGGUAUGGUACAUGGAAUAAAAAAUCCAAAACCUACUAAAGAUGAUGUUAUAACAUCUGCUUCAGAUAUUACUAUUGGAUAUAUUGAACAAAAAUUGGAUCAUUUUAAUUCAACAGAUCUUCGUACAAUUCAACAAAAAUAUUUUGUUAAUAGAAAAUUUAAUCAAAAUAAAAGUAUUGCAUUUGUUAUGAUUGGUGGUGAAGGUAAAGCUGGUGAUAAAUGGGUAACACUUGAAAGUUUACCUAUGAUUGAGUUAGCAAAAUUUAUUGGUGCUGAUAUUUAUCAAUUGGAACAUAGAUAUUAUGGAGAUUCACAUGCACCAAAUGAUGAUUUAAGUACAGAUAACUAUCAAUAUCUUACAUCUAAACAAGCUCUUGCUGAUCUUGCUGUUUUUAUAAAAACUAUGAAUAAUCAAUAUAAUUAUGUUAAUCCACAAUGGAUAACAUUUGGUGGUUCAUAUUCUGGUGCACUUUCUGCAUGGUUCCGUGAACUUUAUCCAGAUUUAACUGUUGGUGCAAUGGCUUCAUCUGGACCUGUUCUAGCAAAAACAGACUUUUUUGAAUAUCUUCAAGUUGUAGAAAAAUCAAUUUCAACAUAUUCACAAAGUUGUGCUAAUAAUAUAGCAGCUGGAUUUAAUAAAAUGCAAAAUAUGAUUAUGACACAAACAGGAAGAGAUUCAUUAAAUAAAUUAUUUACAUUUACAUAUCCAUGGAAUAAUGGUUCAACUGUAGAAGAUUAUGAUGUACAGUCAUUCUUUUCAAAUGUUUAUGGAAGUUUUCAAGGAGCUGUUCAAUAUAGUUUAGAUAAUACUGGUGAAUAUUCAAAUGGAUAUGGAAUUAAAGAUGUUUGUCAAAUAAUGAAUAAUCAAACAAAUGAACCAUUAAUAAAUAUUGUUAAUGUUGUUAAUUAUAUGAAUACACUAUAUUCUAAUUCUCCUACACCACAACCAAUGAGUAAUACAUAUAAAGAAACAGUUGAUUUUUAUAAAAGUGCUAACUAUCAUAAUGGUGGUUCUGAUGCUAAAUCAUGGUUAUGGCAAACAUGUAAUGAAUUUGGUUAUUUUCAAUCAAGUGAUUUAGGAUAUAAUAUUUUUGAAUCAUCAUGUAAUGUUAAUAUAUUUAUUAAUAUUUGUAUUGAUGUAUUUGGUCCACAAUUUACCCGUGAAACAAUUGAUCAAAAUAUUAUUCGUACAAAUAAUUUUUAUGGUGGAAAUACAAAUUAUUAUGGUUCUAAUGUUGUAAUGGCUUAUGGUUCAGUAGAUCCAUGGCAUGCACUUGGUUCAUAUACCUAUGAUAAAAGUCGUAAUUUAAUAUCAUAUCUUAUUGAUGGUACUGCUCAUUGUGCUGAUUUAUAUCCACCAAGAGAUUCAGAUGUUCCUGAUUUAAAAUUUAAAAGAGAAUUAAUAAGAGCUAAUUUAAUAUCAUUCCUUAAAUUACAAUAA